AUGUCAACAGCCGAUCGCUUAGCAAAACUCGAAGCCCAAGCAUGGGCAAACACGCAGAAGAUCGAAGAGCUCUCUACCCAGAAACAUAAACUUACAAUUGAGAAUUCCAGACAAGAAGAGCUCAUAGCUAAAUACCAACAAGACUUCAAGCCCUUCAAGCCAAAAAGUCACCACGCUCUGGUAACACUACAAGAAUCUCCUGAAUCGAAAACAAGUUUACAAUACGAGCCCAUGACGCACAUACUAUUUCCGCCACCAGGUCCUUUGCCUACACCCUUUUAUAUAGCCUCCCGCGAAGCCUGUCAGCUUGAAAUAGCAUUCGUAGUACCAGGUCUCAAGGGCGAGACUCUCGAAGUUGCCGUCAACAAGGUAGAUUUGGCCUUUGUUUUACAGCAGACAUUGAAGAGGAGAGAAUGGAAUGAUGCGAGGACAAGAAACGGUGUCGAGGAUUUUCUCGAGAGGCCGAUGAUGAAGAUAACAUGGAGGGGAAAGGCGGGUGAGUUUGGGGUGCUGCCAUAG